UGAAACCCGUGAGCUAUCGUGAACGUAGUGUAUAUUGGUGUAUAUUACAUAGUAUUGUGGAGAUAAUCGCGUUCGUUUUUCUGGAAAAAUGAAGAGAUCGCCGUUGAACAAUGCUGCGCAUGGUAGCCGGCCGUAUGGUGCCAGGCACACGCCGUACAAUUGGAAGUCGCACGAGAACGCGUGCGGUAGAGGUUAUCAGCUCGCGGAGGGUAACAGCUAUCCGCGUUUCUACGCAAACAAUACAGGAUCGCAGUCCCACGACGACGAUUUUAUCCCUCUAAACAUCAGCACACCGCUGACGCGGCACGACAAGUAUAAUACAGCUAAUCGGUACAACCCUUCCGGUGGAUGCGGCAGUCCAAGCAGUGGAUGGUAUAACAAUUAUAGAGGUAACUAUCACGCCACGCCAAGAUCGAACAAGAGGAACCCUGCCUACAAGCAUUCUCCUAAACAGUUUCAAGGACAGAUAAGAAAGGACUACAAAGGAGCGCACAGGCAGGUGAAUAUAUCAGCGUAUGUAGAUGUGAAUUCCUUUUUGGAAGAUCCCUGGAGAAAUCUAGUCAAAAAAUUAGACGACUCAAGAGAUAUAAGUAAAGGUGAAGGACCUGAGAGUGAAUCUCUGUCUAGUUCAAAACUGGUUGAUACUGAGUAUUUGUUAGACAAAUCUGAAAGCCAACUUUCAAAGGAUACGAACUUGGACGAUUCACAGUGCAGUCAAGAGAGUAGAAAUAAAUGUCCUGAAGAUACAACCUUUGAGACAAAUACAAGUUUUAAUCAAACAUCAAAAAUCGACAGUUCGAUAGAGUCAGAAACUGGAGAUAUCUGCUUCAGUCAAGAUUCUUUAAACGAAAAUACAUGCAGUGUCAAUGAUAAGAUUUGUGGAGCCAUACGAGAUAAUAGUAUUCAUUCAAAUGUAUCAUUGACAGAUAUUGAACAGAAAGCUAUGUAACAUUAACAAAGAAUCAGUGUGUUAUUAGAAAAUGCAUUACAGUACAUAAAAGUACAUAUGAAUUUGUACUCGUGUAUGUAGAUAUUGUAUAUAAGUACGGCAUUGUUGAGUUAAAUGUAC